AUGGUGGAGGCGGAUCUGGAGCUCCCGUUUUCCGUGAGGACGUCGCCCAUGCUGGCAGAGCUGGUACAUCGGAAGCUUAACCUAUGUGCCGGCAUCGCUCAGAUGGCUCAGAUGAAGACGCGAGUGCCGCAAAGAUGUAUGCAGGAAAGCUUUGCUGAUGGAACUGCCAGUGUACAUGUGGAACUUCUGAUACCACGGAGCGUUGCGCUUUCGGCAGUCUUAUCAGAGCAAGUCUCUGUGAUGCUUACCUCCUGUGUAGCUGGUAUCGCCGAAAGGGAGGUUUGCGAUUUGAGCCGCCGUGAAAGAAGGGGCCGGCGGAGAACGAUGCAUAUGCUGCGCAGCACGAGCGGAGUCCUCCAAUUUUCGGUCGGGAUUCGCCCACCAAUCGCCCGUGCAAUCCCUCUCUCUGCAGCUUCUUCAUGUCGACGAGGCGUAGCACGGGUGUGCCCUUCCUUGCAGUGCUGCAGAUGCGGAGAAAGCUUGUUGCAAGGACGCUUCACACGCAUGCAGUCGUGGCAUUUGUCUUUUUCUAGGCCGGAAGGCCCGCAUUCCCUAUUGGACCUUGCUAUCGCCGACGCCAUGCCGUACAAGUCUGCUCCGAAGUCUCGCAUUCCCUUGGCAAGAUACCCUGCAAGCAAUCCAUCCUUCUACACCUUGUUCACUUCGACCGGGUGCGGCAGAGGUGUGCUUGUCUUUCCAGUGCAGAUACAGGAAAAGUUGGUUGCAAGGCAGGAAUGCACGCCUUCCCUGUUGGACUUAGCCAUUGCGGACGCCGUCGCCCGAAAGAAGGACCCCGUGCUUCGGAGUGCGGCUCCUCCCUUACGCAUGAUGAGCAUGCCUCUUUCACCCUCGCCCUCGCCCAGUGCAGCUUGCGUGCUGCGCCUGGAAGGAGCUGUGCGGAGUGUGUUUCAGCCGGACAUAGAAGAAGCAGUCGAAGCCAACUGCCUGGUGAUUUCUCCUCUGGAGGAGACGCUGAGGCAAGCUCAGGUGCCCUUCGUCUUGAUGAUCCGAAAUCUUCUUCCACUGCUCCCAUCGCAAGCAUUGCAGGGCCGAGAGGUACUUCUAAACCUCGUCAUUGUCGGACAUAGCCACGGGGGUGUGAUCGGUCACAGCCUUGCACAGUGCCUUGAGUCUGCCGGCUUUCGCGUGAAGGGCAUUGUGGCUGUGGACACGCUCGGGCUGCCUCGCCGGACAGAGAUGCCUUCGCCUCGCUUCGACCCGCAGGCGCUCGCCCGGCACUUGUCUCCGUACCACUGGCAGCUGACGGCGCCGAAGGUCAACAUGAUGGCUCCUGAGGUGCCGCCCUUUCGGAGGAUGCUUCCGAGCAGGGCGGAGCUUCUGGUUGGUGGAGCCGUCUUUCCGCCGAAGUACAUGAAGGUACUGGUGCGGUUUCAGCACGCUGCUUUUGCUUAUGCUUACCCCAAUGUGCUGGUGGGUCCAGCAGGCGCCCGAAAUCCUGAAACACUGUCGACGGGACUGAAGGUUGUCCAGGCCAAAAAGUGGCUCAUCUAUUGA